CGGCGUUGGCGUCGCGCAGUUUUCUCUGCAGCUUGACCCUGCUGUCCCCAGCCGCGGCGCCGAAGAAGAAAUGCUGCUGCCGCCUGGCUGGCCCCUGCUUUGGCUCGGCCUGGUCCUGGGCUCCUCCUGCGCCAACCUGGAAUCCGCAGCGCAGGUCAACUCGACCACAGAUGCUCCGAAUGUCCUGCUCAUCAUUGUGGAUGACCUGCGCCCUUCCCUGGGCUGUUACGGGGAUAAGGCAGUGAAGUCCCCAAACAUCGAUCAGCUGGCAUCCCACAGCCUCCUCUUCCAGAAUGCCUUUGCCCAGCAAGCAGUGUGCGCCCCGAGCCGAGUGUCCUUCCUCACUGGGCGGAGGCCCGACACCACCCGCCUGUAUGACUUCAACUCCUACUGGAGGGUACACUCGGGAAACUUCUCCACCCUCCCGCAGUACUUCAAGGAGAAUGGCUACGUGACCUUGUCGGUGGGAAAAGUCUUUCACCCCGGUAUAUCGUCGAAUCAUACUGAUGAUUCUCCAUAUAGCUGGUCUUUUCCACCUUAUCAUCCCUCCUCGGAGAAGUAUGAGAACACUAAGACCUGUAGAGGGCAAGAUGGAGAACUGCAUGCCAACCUGAUUUGCCCUGUGGACAUGGCGGAUGUGCCUGAGGGCACCUUGCCUGACAAACAGAGCACGGAGGAAGCCAUCCGUUUGUUGGAGAAGAUGAAAACAUCUGCCAGUCCUUUCUUCCUGGCUGUUGGGUAUCAUAAACCACACAUCCCCUUCAGAUAUCCCAAGGAAUUUCAGAAGUUGUAUCCCUUGGAGAACAUCACUCUGGCUCCUGAUCCUGAGGUCCCUGAUGGCCUGCCAGCUGUGGCCUACAAUCCCUGGAUGGACAUAAGGCAACGGGAGGAUGUCCAAGCAUUAAACAUUAGUAUACCCUAUGGCCCGAUUCCUGUGGACUUUCAGCGGAAAAUCCGUCAGAGCUACUUUGCCUCUGUGUCCUAUUUGGAUACACAGGUCGGCCGCCUUUUGAGUGCUUUAGAUGAUCUUCAGCUGGCCAACAGCACGAUCAUUGCAUUUACGUCAGAUCAUGGGUGGGCCCUAGGUGAACAUGGAGAAUGGGCCAAAUACAGCAAUUUUGAUGUCACUACCCGUGUGCCCCUGAUGUUCUAUGUUCCUGGAAGGACGACUUCAUUCCCGGAAGCAGGCGAAAUGCUUUUCCCUUACCUCGACCCUUUCGAUUCUGCUUCACAAUUGAUGGAACCAGGCAGGCAAGCCACAGACCUUGUGGAACUCGUCUCUCUCUUCCCCACGCUCACUGGCCUCGCAGGACUGCAUGUCCCGCCUCAAUGCCCUGUUCCUUCAUUUGACGUGGAGUUGUGCAGGGAAGGUGAGGACCUUCUGAAGCAUUUUCGGUCCCGUGACUUGGAAGAAGAUCCGGUUCUCCAUGACAACCCCCGUGAGUUAGUUGCCUACAGCCAGUACCCCCGGCCUGCAGACUCCCCUCAGUGGAAUUCUGACAAGCCGAGUUUGAAAGAUAUAAAGAUCAUGGGCUACUCCAUACGCACCAUAGAUUAUAGGUAUACUGUGUGGGUGGGCUUUGAUCCUGAUGAAUUUCUGGCCAACUUUUCUGACAUCCAUGCAGGGGAACUAUAUUUUGUGGAUUCUGACCCAUUGCAAGACCACAAUAUAUAUAAUUACUCCCAACAUGGGGAAAUCCCUCCAUCAUUGAUGCCUUGAAUUGUGCCAGCUAGAGGGAAAAUUGAGCUGGCAAGAGGAGGCAUAAAACAUGGUUAUUUUGUCAUUACCCAUAAUACUGAAAACAGCUGGGGGGGUAAUCAAAACAUACAUCAAUAGUUCGGCCCAAGAAUUUGUGAUAGCCAAACUUUUCAUUUAGUCCUUACUGAUUUAUAAUUGGCCAUUGGAUUGGCUCUGGGCUGAAACUUUCUUUUCCUUUCUUUUUUUCACUCUUUUUUCUUUUUCUUUUCUCUUUUAAAUAAUUGUAGAUAACUCAAUAAGGGUAAAAUGAACAAACUGAAGUUAUGUCAUAUCUUUGUAUAUUAAGAGCAUAGUAGCCAAACAUACCACUAUACUCAAGAAAUAUUUUAUUUGUGGAAUUUAGUUCAUUUCAAAAAGUAACCAUGUAUCUAAUUAGGUUCUACCCUAAGGUCCCAGUUAUUUUGUUUAUAAUUUAAGAAUAUAAGGUAGUACAAAAUAUUCGAAUUUUUUAUCAACAUGUACUUCACAUUUCCUUCUCAGAUAUAAAGUUAAAUAAUUUUAGAAACCAAUAAUUAUAGCAACCAAUAAUUACAGAAACCAAUACCUUAAAUUUUCAUUUCUAAGAUCACAGCAUUUCAAAAUCUAAAAAUAAAAUACCUAUGAAAUUAUUAAUAUGUUUUUCUAUAUCAAAUAAGAAAUAAUGCCUAGUAAACAAAAGGGAUGAGAUGUGUGGAAAAUUUGGUUAAAAUUUUUCAGGUAGUUUCUGGUCCAAACGACCCUUGAACUCAUUGGCCAUUAAAAGUCUGUCAUUCAUUCACAGUGAGAAACAUUUCAGUGUAACUAUAUCCAUGAUUUGUGAAUCACUCAAAACCAUAUUAAUGUUCUAUAGUGAUGGUUGAUUGCAGAUAUCCAUUUAUCCAGAAGGCAGAAAAUAUUUUAGUUUUAAAUGCUUAUUAAAGAAAACAUUAAUUUUAUUAAAUUCUAAAUUGGUAUUGUGAGAACAUUUCAUUAGUAUAAUAUUAAGUAAUUUUCAAUUCUCCUGAAUGUAGUUCUUUACUCCUUAAACAUAAAAGUAGUGAGAAUUCAUAGACCAGUGAUGGUGAACCUAUGGUAUGCGUGACAUAGCAGGCUGUUUGUAUCAUUGAACACUCUAAAAUGUUCGCCAUCACUGGCCUAGUCGCUAUCAUCUUAAAAGGAAUGGAAUAUAACAAGUCAUAUUCUAGCAUAAGUAAGCUGAUGAAUUAUCUGAAGUCAUCGGAAAAAUCAACAUCUUUCUAAAUUAACAUCUAGGAUAGUUUGUCAUCAAAAUGAGCACUUUUAUUUAUUUUCUCCUUACAAAUGCCUCAGUGUUUCAAGGUAAAUAUUUGUCAAAUAAAAUAUAGCAAAUUGCAAAUGAGAUUAAGCUGUUGUAAUAUAUUAAAUUGUAAUAAAAAUGACAAGACAUAUUAAACUCAGUUAAGUUUCAAAGGCAGAUUUUUUUCCCUCUGAUAGAGCUAUAUAUGAUAAUACACUGAUCCCAAGCAGUUAAGUGAUUGCUUUGGUAGCAGCAGUUUUUAUAAGGUGUUAAGGGCUGUAUUCAUCUUUCCUGGUCCCAGAAUUCAUCUCUCCUUUGAAAACUUCGGCUUUUGUGGUUGAUUUCUCUUAGCUUUUACUUUCUUGUUCUUCAUCCUCUCUAUAUUGCUCUCAUCACAUCCCCUCUAAUUUUAUGAUGCAGUCCAGAAAUUUCUCACAACAUGUCUUCAGUGUAUUUAGCUUUAUCUCCUAUUUCAUUUAUAAGUUUUAACAUAGGUUGUUGUUUGACAUGCAGUUGCUGCUCCUGGUUGGCCUCAAUAUGUACACUUCGUAUUUUCACACUUAGUUUCCUGAAGCAGUUUCAGUAUAGAAUUCUCCAUAUUCUGCUCUUGAUGAAGUCAUAAACUGAACUAUGCUAUGUACUUGGUAGCCACUGAGCCUAUGUGGCUACUUAAAUUUAAAUUCAUUAAAAUCCAAGGAAAUUUUAAAAGAUUCCUGCCCCCACCGUAUUUCAAGUGUUGAGUGCCACAGAGGGAGCACAUUUCUGUCAUGGCAGAAAGUUUAACUGGACAGAGCUGCCCUAGAUUGCCUCUGGGUUUGAGCUGGGUCUGCUGGCUGCUGGCAGGUGUUUCCUAUGAGCUUUUCCUUUAGCCUGUGUUUGCGACAAAGACCCAUCUGGAGGUGAGCAAGGUAUGCUUGGUUUAGGAACAAAGCAGGAGGUUCGCUGUGGCUGGGGCCUCUUCCUCUCCACUCCCAUCACCAUCACCUCAUUCCUUCUCCCAUGCUUUCCAAGUAAUUUACCUCCCUUCCCUUUUCCUCCCCUGUUCCUAAAGAAUCCAUGUGUCUUCCUGAAAUGCCUCUUGCCCCUUUCCUUUGAUAACACCACCAGUGCCUACUAUGGGUCUAGACAGACCUCUGCAGAGCAGUCAGAGUCUUCCCUGGCUCCACAUACCCCUUCCCUUAGCAGACUUUCCUUUGCAAUCCCUUCCUCCCCACCUCCUAGCUUGUGCCCACCUCCUCUCUUCACCCAUCCAUUCAUAGCCAUUCUUCACAGCCGGCUCCUGUCCCCUACCAAGAGGCUGUGGCUUUUGUGAUCCUGCAUGAGAUAAGAUGAACACUGCUGAAGAAUCUAGUGCUCACUGUACUUUUAAAAAGGUAUUUGUUCUGACUAUAAAAUUCAUCUGUUACAGAAAAAUCAGAAAUCAGGAUGGUAGUAAAUAGUGAGAAAAAUGAGUCUUCUGUCCCAAGAUAAGUCACCUGAUGUCUUGUCUUUGGGAGGGUAUAAUCUUUUUACAUUGCUGCUAUCAUACUAUGUUCUUUAUCAUGCAAUUUAUGCUCUUUUCCACUAAGUAUUACAGAUGAUUAUUACAGAAUUUUCCAGAGAUACUUUAUUUUGCUGAUAAUAUAUUUUAUUGUGUAGAUUUACUGUAAUUUAUUUAACCUCCUUUGAGUUGUUGGAAAUUUAGGUUAUUUCCAAAUUUUCCGUUUUAUAAAUAAUGUGAUGAUAAACUUUUUUUUUUGAUGAUAAACUUUUUGAAUAGAACAUUUCUAUAUAUUUUGAAUUAUUCCCUAAGGACAGUCUCUCAGUGCCAAGUUGUCUAUAAUGUCUCCAUUUUCUCCCUACCUUAGGGUACCAAAGUUAAAAAAUAAAGCAACAAGCUUUUUUUUUUUUACAAAUAAAAACCAUUAAAAACUGCCCCUACAAUAAUAGAUGAAAAUGGUAUCCUGUUUUAACUUCUAACUUUGCUUAUUAAUGGCUUUGAUCAUUGUUCUUCUGUAAUAUUUUUGGGCAUUUGCAUAUCUAGUUGUGUGAAUUUGCCUUUAUAUUUCAAGUUAUAGGCCUCAGUUUACAAAGUAAUCAGUGAUGAAUUAAUUGAUCUAGUGUGGUACAUUUUCCUGUGAAACAUGGAGACACUGCCUCAUCUGAAGUUUAAAUAAAUAUUCAUUUUCAUGUGAA